AUUGUGAUUUUUGUGUCCGUUUUCGUAUUUGAAUACUUAAGUACAUAAGGGUGCCAGCUACCUAGCGAGCUUAAUAUGUCGUGUAUAACGUUUGGGGAAUUUUUGGUAACUUUUGGGUAUUUUUGUGACGACAAGUGAAUUUAGCCUCUCAUUGGAUCGCGAGAACACCCUUUUUAUAUGUAAUUCGCGUGUAGCUUUAUCCUCACGGGAGGUGCGCUCAUCUAGUUAAUCCUAUAUAUAGCAUAUGGAAAGUUUACGCUUGUUUGACGAUAAGUGUGAAAUGUGUCCGAGAAGAAAAGCAACAAGAUGAUUUUAAUAAGAUAUCUCUGACGCUUACUAAUUUCCUGCUUGCAGUGUGACCGGCUGGUCCGACACUUGCAUGAGGAUUACAUGGUGGCUUCCUCCUCUACAAGUGUGGAGGAUCAGAUUGAACUGAAGAAAAUCUUUGACCACACCUACUUCCGCUACCUGCAGACCAGCCAACGCUUCCAUGGAGUCAUCGAUCCCACCACUCUGUACAGAGUGCGAACUGAGUACCAGAGUGAAUUCCACAAGUGGCUCAAAAGACCAUUCAUAGAUGACAUGUUGUUCGAAACAGUCCAGAUAAUGGAGAAAGGUAUUGCAAUCCUACAGAAACAUCUGGAGAUUUUUUCCCGCACAGGUCUUUGUCCAAACAAGUGUGGGUUGUUGUAUCAGCGAGUGAUGGACUGCAGCACCUGUCAAUACAGGAUGCACACAUGUCUGUCUCCUGCUGACCAGCGCAGCUGUGGGGUGCAACACCUUGAGGCAGAGGAGGGGGAUCAGGUGGCUCUAGACUGUUUCUUGCCCUGGCACAGUCUGGUUAUGGGACGUAAAGACUACCAGUAUUCCAGGACACCUGGGCUGUCCUCAUGUCAAAGCAAUGAUUCUACGGUGUUGGUGGUGACCCCAGACUCCACGAUAAUAUUGAACCAGCUGCGCAAGGAUGAGCAGGGCGUGUACCGCUGCCUCCUGCUGGACAGUGAUGGUACUGUCUUGUCUUGCAUACACUAUGUUCUGACAGUCACACCUUUGCCCCUCACCACUCAAAAGCCUGUUGUCAUUCUUCCAACUCUUCCCCCUGAUGACAUCAAUGUACCCCCUGUGCAGCAAGCUCCUCGCAGUGUCCUCUGGGGAAUCGUUGUUGCUGUGACAGCUCUCAGUAUAAUUGCCAGCAUAGCCAUUAUAGCGAUCUUUGGCGUGACUCUGAAACGACAGAGGGAGGAGGCGAUGUGUCACAGACAAGGGCAGGAAGUGGAGAUGACAGAAGUGUCGACAUUGAGAGAAUGAAGGAGAGAUGCAUAGAAUGGAAAAAGAAAUUCAAGCGGAGUGGUUUACAACCAAUAAAGUAGUUUUUUUUCU